GGUUAGGUAAAAGAAAAGGAAAUGAGGUUGGAUGGUGUGUAGGUGUGUGUGUGUGUGUGUAUGUGUGUAUAUGUUUGUAUAGUAGUAUGUUUGCAUCGUUCACAGAUGCCGAUCACAAAACACAUUAUGUCAUUCUAUAUGUAUGUAUAUAUGUAUGUACGUAUGUAUGUACUAGGUCAAAAAGAAUGUUUUAAACAGAACUUCAAUAUUACAUCAUUCGUACAAUAACGUGUUCAUGUUAUACAUUGUUCCUUAUUAUAUUGUAUCAUUGUUGUUGUUGUUGUUGUUGCUAUUGUCAAGGAUUACAAUAGAGACAUUAUAAAGAUUAUAAACGAUAUUAUUAUCUUUCAAAUAACUUUUGUAAUUUUUAUUUUUUACGGGAUUAUAAACAAUAAAACUUAUUUCUAUUCUAUUAAAGAUUAUUUAUAUUAGAACAAAUCAAAUAAUUAUGUUAAUGGAUGAUGUUAAACUUCAACAAUCUUUAACAUUUCAUGUAUCCUUACCUUCAAUGAAUUCAUCAGAGAUAGGAAUAUCAGCAAAUAAUAAUAACAAUACUAAUACUACUACUAUUACUACUAAUACUACUACUACUAAUACUACUAUUACUAAUAGUAAUAUAGAUCCAAUCUAUAUGAAUCAUAAUAAUAAAGAAAAGAAUUUAUCUACUAAUUCUACAAGAAUACAAUCACCAUGUUAUGGAAAUAAUAAUUCAUCAACUAAUAGUCCUAUUACUAGUCCAUUAACAUUAGAUCAUUGGUCUGCUACAUUAUUAGCAGCACAAGCAUUAGUUCGAACAAAAAAAGUAUUUAUUGGUGGUGUUUCUACUGGUACUACAGCAGAUGAAUUAAAAACAUUUUUUAGUGAAUUUGGUAAAGUGGAAACAUGUGAAUUAAUGAUGGACAAAGCAACAAGUCGUCAUCGAGGUUUUGGAUUUGUUACAUUUGAAAGUGAACAAGCAGCUGAAAAAGUUUGCUCAAUUCAUUAUCAUGAAUUAAAUGGGAAAAUGGUGGAAGCAAAACGAGCUCUACCAAAAGAAGUCUUAAGUUCAAGUAAUGCUUUAGUGAAACAAAGAAGUUUAUUACCUAAUGCAUUUGCUUUACCAAAUGAAGUUGAUUCGGCAGCAACAGCUGCGGCUACCAUAGCUGCCGCUGCUCUUGCAUCAAGACAACAACAACAUCAACAGCAACAACACUAUCAGAAUAUAAAUCAAAAUUUACAGAACUCAGGAUCUGCAUUUGUAUCACUUGCUUAUGCAUCAUUGAUGCCAUUCAAUCAAUUUCAAUCAUUUCCAUUAACAUCUAACAAUUAUGUUGGACAACCUUUAACUACAUCAAAUCUAACAAUGGAAUCCUCAGGUAUACAUCAUCAAAAUCUUCAUCAAUCAAAUCCUAUUGAAUUCCCAUCUGCAGCUGUAUUAUCAAAUGGUCAUACUACAACAAUGACAAGAUUUCCACAAUUUGGUAUUCAAUCUGAUGUAAAUUUUCAACCAUCUUGUCCUUUAAAUUUUACUUAUAAUUCACCUACAGCAUAUAUAAAUUCUACAGGAACAUUAACAUCACCUGGUAAUUAUUUAACUACAACCAUUCCAAAUAUUAUAAAUCUUUCACCAUCUGGAACAAUUCAAACAUUAUUACCUAAUUUAACUUAUAAUAUUUUAACAACAUUAAAUGAUCAACGUAAUCAACAAUUACAAACACAUCAAUCUCAACAACCAAUUGGACAACAAUCAUUACAUCAACAACCACAUCAACAACAACCACAACCACAACAACCACAACAACAACAAAAUCAAUCAUUACCUUCUAUUCAAUUAGAUGUUGAAACAUUAAAACAACAAAUUCAACUUCAAAAUUGGUCAAAUAAUACACCAUAUUCAUUGAUAGCAUUAAACCAAAAGACUUUAGGACAAAUUCAUUCACCAUCUAAUUUAUUAAAUUUUAAUCCCAAUCAAAAAAUUUCCAAUCUACAACCAAAUGAUGUAACAACAGCACCGAUUCAUUUAACAGAUACAUCACCAACAAUGUGGUUACUUCCAGCGAAAAUUCCACGUUCCUUCAAUUGUAUUAUACAUCAUUCAACAAAUACUUCGUUAGUCAGAGUUCACUAAUAGACAAUCCCUUCCAUUCUUUGACACACCUUACUCUUCAAUAAUAAUAAUAGUAAUAAUAAUAAUAAGAAUUCACCUCAUUUAUCUACCUAAGUAACUACAUCAUUCAAUAUGAUCGAUCUAUUUUCACUUCUGAUAAUCAAGUCAUAUUUUUUUUCUCUCCCCCUCCCUCCCUAUCUCCCUCUUCUAUCCCCCCUCUCUCUCUCUCUCUGGAAAAGUUCAAUAACCAUAAUCAUUGUAUUCUAUACACAUAUUAAUUAUACAAUUGUAAUUAUAAUAUUCAAUAUGAAUACAAACAAACAAACAAAACAACCCUCUCAUUUGAUAAUCGUUCACUUCAUAUUAUCACAUUUAUCAAAAAGAGAACUGCAUCGUAUUUCUUCUAUCUUUUCUCUCGUUUUGUUUUUCUUCUUGUUAUUUUCCAUUCAUUCUUCUCAGUUCUACAACGAAUAAUAAAACAAAAAAAGUUUUUUUUUAAAAAAAAAACACAACAAUAAUGAAAAUAAAAUUUUAAUAAAUAAAAAUAAUUAUAAAAUAAUAUGUUUAGUAAUUUAGAUGAAUUCGAAAGAAAAAAGAAGAAAAAAGAGAAAAAGAAAGAAAAAAAUAAAAAGAAUACAAAAUAUCAAUAAAAACAAUUAAUCAAUGUUCAUGAUAAUUUUUUGUGAUAAAAAAAGAAAAAGAAAAAAAACGAAAAAAAACACAAAAAAAAGAUUCAAGCAAAAUGACUGAUGGUGGGAAAACAAAAUGAAUGAAGAAAGAAAAAUAAACAAAAUAAAUAUCUUAGUACAUUUUUUUUGUUGUUGUUGUUCAAUUUUUUUCUUCUCUUUUAAAAGAGCCAACAUUUUUGUUUCUCUCUCUCUCUCUCUCGCAUUGUACAACUGCUCAAAAUAAUUCUCUUUCUUUUUUUUUGUUUUUUUUUGUUUUUUGUUUUUUUGUUUUUGUUUUGUUUUAUUCAAAUAAAACCAUUUAACAUUUUUAUAGGUUUUGUUGUGUUACGUAAUAUUUGUAAAUAAUGUAAGAUGUGUACUAAAUAGGUAUGGAGAAAAUUACGUAUACAUUAGUUAUAUAAUACCAUGGUAGGCCAAGAUAAUUUUAUAUUGGUUUUCAGGAGAACUAAAAACUAUCCAGACUAUUACAUGACAACCUAAAUAGUAAUGGUUAAUCCUGUCCCCACCCAUGUUCUGUUCAUUACAUUUGGUGUCGCUGUCAACCAGCAGAGGAGAAGGGUGGUGUAAUGCGAAUGCUGUUGAGGGACCUGGAGCUGAGGUAGCGGUUGGGUCAGUCUGAUGCGGAGAGGUGACAUCUAGUGGAGUGUUCUGAUGGGGCGGCAUUAGCUGUAGCGAGUGCUGUCGGCGGUGAGAAGCGGUGGGACAUCGGAUGUAGAUGGUUCAGCAGGCCAGUAGAGCAUGGGUGAUAAACGUCCAAGGUGCCUGCUGGAUGUGGGAUGUUGUUGCCUCGGAAGGUCGACGGAACUAUGAAGUCCUGUUUAACAAGAGAGUCAGAUAACGCACAGGCUUAAAAUUUUUAGGCUAAAUAGUAUGGAUCAAUCCUGUUACUAGGAGAAUCAGAUAUCAGCCAGGCUUAAACUUUAUAAUCCGAGCACUAUAGUUCAAUCCUAUGACGCUAACACACAGGUAUCAAGCAUCUAGGUGAACCAGUGUGUACAUUAGAUAACUUAUUAUUAGUAGAUAAGGUUUGUCAAAGUUUUAAGUUGUAAAGGUAGAAUACAUCAUUGAGUGACUUGUAUUAACUGAAUAAUCAGAAAUCACAUGCUGUUUGAUAGAGGUUUCAUUUUGAUAAUGAACUUCGUAGAAAUUUGUACUUACAAUGCCAUUUGAAAUCGUACCCAGGACCUGUAAGUUCUCUGGUCAUCUUCUCGUCUCUUGGCCUUGACGAUUCCAAGUGAUGGCUUGCCUUAUGACACAGUUGUGUGCAUUCUUCAAUGUGUGUCCUAUCCACCUCCAGGACUUAUUCCUGAUUUCUUCCUCCAAUGGGAUCUGGUUUAUUUCUUCCCAUAGUAGGUAGUUGCUGAUAGUGUCUGGUCAACGGAUCCGAAGUAUUUUAUGUAGAAAACUGC